GUUUGGUCGUCCACUUUAUAGUUUAUACCUCUUGCCAGCUUUCAUUGAUCAACACUGCUUCACUUCUGGCGUUGUUAUUCAGAACCUCUGCCUAAUUCUCUCGUUCUGUUCUGCCACAGAAUCAACCUGCUUUACCUUCUUCUUUCCAUCCAUUAGAGGACAAGGCCUAGUGGAAGAAAUUGAUUAUCACUUGAGUGGAUUCAAGAUUACCCUAAUUUGCUAUGGGAAAGCAAUUGCUUUCUUCAGAGCAGUCCUCCAAGCAGGAGAACAAUCCAGGAUGUAUGUGGGGCAUGUUUCAAAUUCUUGAUUACCAUCACUGGCAUGUCAAAAAGGUGUUUCCUCAUAAAAAGAGAAGACAAUCCAGAUAUAAGAGAAAAACCAUUUCGCAUAUCCAAGGUGAAGAAGAAGACCAACAACAUGAAGUUGCAGAAGCAGAAUCCUUCCUGGUGAAAAGUUCUCCCCAAAACCAGGCCAAUAGUGAACAUGUACUUCAACUGGAAAAAGAUGGCAACACAACAGAAGCUACCAUUAACCAUAAGCGCGUGGAAACAAACAAACUUAACAGAGGCACUUCCAAUAAAUUUAAGAAGCGUGUUGAUGUUAUGGAGUUAGUUAGUGAGGAGAAGGAUUUGCUACUCAAAUUUCUAAGAGACUUAGAUGUUAGUGGGAAAACCUCUCAUAAAGCUUCCCGCAAGAAAGGAAGAUUGAUAAAAUCAGGGUCAUUUCCUUUACCUUCACAGAAGAAAAACUUCAGCUCUAGUACCUUCAAACACAAGCAAUAUGAAAUUUGGACCUUCUCCAAGGGAGAAAAGUUUCAUGCUGGUACUGAUCAAGCACAAAAAAAGUCUGCAUUGAAGGAUAUUUCUUAUGAGGAGCCAACGUCUUCAGUGAGUGAUCUUGGCAUGGAUAGUGCCAUGCAACAAAAACGAAGUGUUUCUUCAAGGUCUGCUGAAGGGUUAAAUCACAAAGGGUGGAAUCAAUUGGUCAUUCACCAAUUCAAAGUUAUAAAACAGAAGAUAAAACAUGCUCUUGUGGAAUUCAAAUUAAGUAGUCACCAAACUUCUGAGGAAGCAAUCGCUGAGAAUAAUGACAAAGAGAUCUCACAAGGCUUAGAUGAUGGUGUUGUUCAUGAUUCCAACGAGAAUGAAAUCUCAAAUGAGACUAAACCUUCUGAUCAUGAUUUCAACAAACAUGAAGCUCGCCAGAUGCGAAGAACACCCUCUCUUAAUGAAUCGCUGGAUAGGUACACUCAGUUGUUUGAGAAAAGCUUCACAAAAGAUGUCAAGUGGCAUAGCUCAAAGUCUAAAAGCUUAAGAUUGACAAAUGAGGACAAGAUUCACAAGAGUGGACCUGCUCCUAUAUUUUCGAGAAGCAAUAUGUCUAUGCCUAGUCUUGAGGCCAUAGGCUUUAUUUUACAUGAGGCACUCUUUGAUACAAAUGAAACAGGUAAUAGUACAGUGGAGACUGAUGGCCAUGUUCAAAGAAAACCAGUUAGCCUUCCUUCAAAGAUUACCAAACCACUUGAUCAUGUAAGAGAGGCUGAAAUUGUGGAAACAGUUGAAAGGAAUGAAAAAACUGAUGGAGUUACCUGUGACCAAAGGGAGGACAUGCAUGAGCCAGCAGAGGGAGAUGAAAGUUUUCUUCAAGAAAAAGAGGAGAAAAGUAUGACUACCUAUCUUAGCAAUGAGGAAAUAACAUCACUUGAAAUUAGUUGUGAAAACAACACAACCAGUAAUGCAAAAGGCGGAGAAUUUGAGACUGUACCACAUAGGGGAAGUGUAGCUUCUUUGCCAGACUCCUUAUCCAACACAAAUGCUAAUGCAAUAGCCAAAGACACAAACAAGAGUUCUGACAAUCAUUUCCUCCUAUUCAAAUCAGAUGAAGAAAAAGACUCCAAUUUCCAAUAUGUGAAAGCUGUUCUCGAAUAUUCUGGCUUAAUGGGAAAUGAUCAGAUUCAAAUGCCAUACACAGUAGACCAGCCGCUAAAGCCUUCCUUAUUCAAGGAAUUGGAUGCAUCUUUGCGCUAUGAAAUUGAAACCUCUGGAAAAGAGAUUACAAAAACCUGUGAUUACCAGCUUCUUUUUGACUUGGUUAACGAGGUGCUCCUUGAAAUAUAUGAUAGGUCACCAUCUUACUUCCCAAGGCCCUUCGACUUCAACCACCACCUCCAUUCAAUACCUAAAGGGAACUAUCUUCUGAAUGAAGUGUGGGCUAGUGUUAGCUCAUAUCUUAGCUUGAGACCGGAGCUGGAUCUGAUAUUAGAUGAUGUAGUGGGGCGUGAUCUGGCGAAAAGAAGUGGCUGGAUGAACCUUCAACAGGAAGAGGAGUUUGUAGCACUUGAACUAGAGGAUAUGAUCAUUGAUGAUUUAUUAGAUGAACUUAUCUACUCAUCAGAUUUGCUUGGACUAUGUUGAUUGAUGAUGGCUUCUUGUUUAGUUCAGUUUCUUGUCGAUUUUUUGGUGCGAAUAGGAUUGAUAUGUAUAUCAACUUAUGUUGUAAAUAGGAUUGUUUGGCAGAUGUCAUGUAGAGUUGCACAAGGAGUUUUGGUGAGUGACAUGAUUCAUUUCAAUGUAAAUAGCAUUUGAGUGUA